AUGUUCACCAUAACUCUACACAUCUCCUUCUUUCUCUACCUCCUCUUCUACACCACCGCCGCCGCCGCUACCAUCGGCCACACCGCCAACGCGACACCUUACAUUCCGAGCGACUACUUUCUCCUCGACUGUGGUUCAUCUUCUAGUUUGAACGAUGCCAAAGGCCGGAACUGGAGCGGAGAUGCCCUCUCCAAAUUCUCGCCGUCAAACAUUUCAAACACAUCUUUGGAAUCUACAGCAUCCAAGCAAGACCCUUCUGUCAAUAAAGUCCCCUACAUGACUGCUCGUAUCAUUCACUCUCAAUUCACCUACACCUUCCCAGUCUCCAUCGGACCAAAAUUCAUUCGUCUCUAUUUCUACCCAGUUAAUUACUCUAACCUGGACAUAGCCAACUCUUUCUUCAACGUCACCUCCGGCGGCUACACCCUCUUAAGCAACUUCAGUGCCUUUCUCACUGUCUCUGCCAUGAAACCCGCAGUUGCUUCCCUAAGAAAGGAAUUCAUCGUCAACGUUAGGAACAACCACAUACUGAACAUAACCUUUUUGCCGUCUCCGAACUCUUACGCCUUCGUUAACGGCAUUGAAGUCGUUUCAAUGCCGGAAAAUCUCUACAUUCGCGGCAGUGAUCAUCAAAUUCGACUAGUCCCGAACCAAAUAUUUCACAAUAUUGAUAACAGCUCUGCUCUUGAGACUCUCUAUCGAUUAAAUGUUGGCGGUAAUGAGGUCUCAAUAACCAAUGAUACCGGAAUGUUUCGUUUAUGGCUUCCGGACGACGAUUACACCUACUCAGCUUAUGGGUUUACACCUCACAGGGAAGUCUCAAUCCAAUAUACAAAGGACACACCACCUUACACUGCACCGCAGAUCGUUUACACAACCUCAAGGACCAUGGGCAACGACAGUGAAAGUUACAAUCUGACAUGGAAAUUUCCUGUUGAUUCUGGGUUUUAUUAUCUUCUCAGACUCCAUUUCUGCGAGAUUCAAUUGGAGGUGACCCUCGAGAACCAAAGGGUUUUUAUAAUAUACAUCAACAAUCAAACGGCACAGAGAGGAGCAGAUGUUAUCCAGUGGAGUGGUGGCACUAGAAUCCCAGUGUUCAAAGACUACGUCAUCAAGGUCACCGACCCAGAUGGUCGCCAGAGCAAGCAAGACUUGUGGCUCGCUAUGUACCCUGAGCUCGACUUUAAACCCGAGUACGCUGAUGCUAUAUUGAAUGGUUUAGAAAUCUUCAAAUUGAAUAGAACAGACGGUAGUCUGGCGGGGGCAAACCCUGAACUUGUACUCAGUCCACCGUCGGGACCAUUCACCUUGUCACCGCAGAAGAAGAACAAUAAAGAAACACCUAGGUUGGCGGUCAUUAUCGGCACCGUAGUCGGAGGAGGGUCUGUUCUAGUCUUGAUCUUAGGUUUCUUGAUUUUUCGACGACGGAGGAGAGUGAAAGCCUUGGGCUCAACUCAGCCCAAGUCGUCGUGGGUCCCCUUAUCUGACGGUUCAAAGUCCACAAAAACCAGCGGUUCAUCACUACCGUCUGAUCUAUGCAGACGCUUUUCACUUGAGGAGAUCACAUCAGCUACAUGCAACUUCGAUGACAAUUUUGUCAUCGGGGCAGGAGGAUUUGGUAAUGUGUAUAAGGGCCACAUCGACAACGGUGCAACCACCGUUGCGAUCAAACGAUUGAACCCAUCAUCAAAUCAAGGGGCCCGCGAGUUUCAAACAGAGAUCGGUAUGCUAUCGAAGUUACGCCACCUCCAUCUGGUGUCGUUGAUCGGUUAUUGCAACGACAAUCGUGAGAUGAUCUUGAUUUAUGAUUAUAUGGCCCACGGGACCCUCCGUGAUCAUCUUUACAAAUCAAAGAAACAACCCAUUCCGUGGAAGCAACGCCUUCAGAUUUGCAUUGGCGCUGCAAAGGGACUACAUUAUCUCCACACAGGUGCGAAACGCACAAUCAUUCACCGUGAUGUGAAGUCCACCAACAUUUUAUUGGAUGAGAAAUGGAUGGCUAAGGCCAAGUGGGCCCGAAAUUCUUAUAGGAAAGGGAACCUUGAUCGGAUUGUUGAUCCUAAUCUAAAGGGUGAGAUUGCGCCAGAGUGUUUGAGGAAGUUUGGUGAAGUAGGUGAUAGUUGCUUGCGGGAUAAUGGUAUCGAUCGUCCAGGAAUGAAUGAUGUUGUGUGGGGCCUUGAGUUUGCGCUACAACUUCAAGAGGCAGCUGAGAAGAUGGCUCACGGUGGUGGUGGGUUGCUCCCGGCAGCGUUAGCCAGUCCCUCUGCUCCUCUUCUACAUGGAGAGGCAACGACCACCGAUGAUGAUGAAGUAUUUACUGGGUCAGUUGAAAACAUGUCAAGAUCAACGGUCAGCAAUGAGAGAUUGAAGUCGGAGACUGUGUUCUCUGAGAUCAUGAAUCCCGCUGGACGUUGAGAAAGUGAAUGCUCUUCGGGUGGGUCCUCCGUGGGGUCCAGAUUUUUGGCCUUCACGUUGACCGACUUCUGAAAGGUCAAGUAGCUUAUUAUAGUCUUCUAGUUUUGUCUAUUAUCAGC